CUGUGCAGAAUAACCUCUUUAUUUCGAUUCGAAAGUGCCAGUUCACUUUCAGUUACAUCAGAAACAGUGAACAGAUACGGUCAUGUUUUUGUAGUAUAUAUAUAAAUGGAUCGUUAAUUUAGUUUAAAAUAAAUAUUUUUUUAACUAUUCUCUCCUAACAACAACUUCGACACUUGAAACAAAUAAGCCGAUUUUUUUAGAUUCCAUAAACUUAAUUUGAUUGUAAAAACAGUAUGCAUACAUCUGGAACAGAAGUAAGUGGAUUCAUAGGAAUCAUUAUCGUUCAAGUGACCAUUUUGAUUAUCUAUGGUAUAUUCGUUCGAUAUGAUUAUGAAAUGUUGCCAACUACCAAUGUUACUUCUGAAGAAUUCGCGGCCAUUGAAAAACAACAUCGCGUCAGCUAUCCACAUUUUCAGGACGUUCAUGUGAUGAUAUUCUUAGGAUUCGCUUACCUAAUGACUUUUUUGAAAAAGUAUGGAUUCAGUGCAUCUGGUUUUAAUUUACUCGUGGCAGCCAUAUCUGUCCAAUGGGCAUUUCUUGCGAGAGGAGUUUUUCAACUUGACAACGGCUUAAUUCGUAUUUCAUUGAGUCGUGUAAUAGAAGCGGAUAUUGCUGCUGCUGUUGUAUUGAUUAGCAUGGGUGCCCUCCUUGGUCGAACUACACCAAUUCAGCUGCUGCUUAUGGCUUUAAUUGAAAUCGUUGUGUAUAGUUCGAAUGAAUAUUUCCAAAUUGAAUUGCUAAAGAUUACAGACGCAGGCGGCUCGAUUAUUGUGCAUGCCUUUGGUGCAUAUUUUGGAUUGGCCGUAAGUUUUGUAAUGCGAAUGAAACGUGAAGAGAACAAUGCUGGCACAAACGAGGGAUCGUCAUAUACAUCUGACAUCUUUGCUUUUUGUGGCACAAUUUUUCUGUGGCUUUUUUGGCCAAGCUUCAACUCUGCUUUAUUGGACGAUAUUUCGCAACAACAUCGUGCUAUUUUGAAUACAUACUUAUCAUUAGCAGCAGCCACGGUUUCCACGUUUGUAGUGUCUGCCAUUGUAAGUCAUCAGCAUAAAUUGGAUAUGGUCCAUAUACAGAAUUCAACAUUGGCUGGCGGAGUGGCAAUCGGAGCUGUUUGUAAUUUACUUGUUUCUCCACAUGGCGCACUCUUGAUUGGUACCAUUUCAGCCAUAAUCUCAGUAUUUGGAUAUCGGUAUCUUACGCCGUUCUUGGUGUCUCAGUUUAGGCUACACGAUACUUGCGGUGUAAAUAAUUUGCACGGACUACCCGCAAUUUUAUCUGCUAUUUUUUCCAUGUUUUAUGCUUCGGUCGCCACAACUGAUAUCUACAAAGAUUCACUAAAUGACAUCUUUCCAGCAAUGAAUUGGAAAAAUUCAUCGUACGCCCUUGAACACAACACAACAAUAACUGUUGGAGGAUUUGGAAGAACAAAUAUGGAACAGGCUGGAUAUCAGGCCCUUGGUAUUAUUAGUACAAUAUUAAUUGCUUUGAUUUUUGGUGCUUUGACUGGGGUUGUAUUAAACUUGCCGGCGAUGCGCAACCUGAAGAAGGAUGAACACCAUGAUGAUGAUAUAUUUUGGAACAUCCCAGAUGACUUCAAACAUAUUUAAGUCUUAAUCUUUUACAUAAAGCUUUAUA